AUGGCCAAACACACUGAGCACGAGCCGAUCGCCAUUGUAGGCAUUGGAUGCCGCUUUCCGGGAGGCAUAAAUACAAAGGCAGACCUCUGGCAAGUCCUCUGCCAGGGCCUCGAUGUCCUGACUGAGGUGCCGGCUGAUCGGUUUGAUGUGACCGCCUUACACGAUGACGACGUUAGGAAAUACGGAGUCAUUCGAAGCCGCAGGGGUGGAUUCGUCGACGAUAUUUACGGGUUCGAUGCCGAGUUCUUCGGUCUGUAUCCUGGAGAAACGUCCCGGAUGGAUCCUCAGCAGCGGUUAGCUCUGGAGGCCUCUGUGCACGCCAUCGAGGACUCUGGCAUUCCGCUUCAUCGUGUGGCUGGGUCACGAACAGGUGUGUUCCUCGGAACAUUCAUGUCUGACCAUUUGAGUAUGCAGACAGCCACGGAGCAGCGGGACAACAUCAGCCCGCAUAGUGCGAUGGGCGUGUCCAACAGCUCGAUUGCAAAUAGGGUAUCGCAUCGACUCGAUCUACAGGGCGCCAGUGUAACUCUUGAUACCGCUUGUUCCAGCAGUCUCGUGGCAUUACAUCUUGCCUGCCAGAGCCUGUGGACAGGUGAGAGUGAAGGUGCUCUGGCUGGUGGCGUCAACGCUCUCCUUCGGCCUGAGUCUACAAUCUUGAUGACGAAGGCCGGGUUUCUUUCUCCAGAUGGCGCCUGCAAAUCAUUCGAUGCGGCAGGAAAUGGAUAUGUCCGUAGCGAAGGUGUCGGAAUGGUGUAUUUGAAACCCCUUAGCCGAGCGCUUCAAGACAACGACAGAAUCUAUGCCACGAUUCGCGGCUCACUGGUGAAUUCAGACGGAUACACUUCAGACGGAUUCACGGUCCCAAGUCUGAAAGCACAGACCGCACUUCUACAGCGUGUAUACUCCAACGCUGGGGUAGAUCCUUCUAUGGUGCGAUAUGUCGAAGCUCAUGGGCCUGGGACACCAGUGGGCGAUCCUGUUGAGGCACGCGCCGUCGGAGGACAUAUCGGGCUAGCGCGUGGGAAAGGGGAUAAGUUCUUGUGGAUAAGCUCAAUCAAAGGCAACCUUGGCCACCUGGAGGGUGCCUCCGGCAUUGCUGGCCUCAUCAAGGCUGCACUCGUGGCCUAUCAUGGUGCAAUUCCUCCUCAGGUAAACCACAGCAUCCCUAAUCCGGCAAUUGAUUUACAAUCUCUCCGUCUCAAGAUCCCGAGAUGUAUGAUUGAUCUAAAGCAAGACGUGGAAGGCGGGAUCAUGGUUGGCGUGAAUUCUUUUGGGGCUGGCGGCACGAAUGCUCAUGUGAUUCUAGAGCAGGCUCCUCCCAUUGCUGGCGGCCAAACAUCCCUCCACGACCCUCGGGUGUUUCUUCUGUCUGCACGAUCGCUAUCUGCUCUCAAGGAAUUAUCAGAUCAACUUAUUGAUCAUCUAAAGCAUCAGCAGCCUAACCUCACGGACAUCGCAUACACACUUGCCAGCCGCCGAAGCCGCCAUCGCCAUAUUUGUAUAAUCCCCGCCAGACAACUCGACGAACUGUGCGAUCGCCUCAGCCACCUGUCAUCUGGGCGGACUCCAAAAGAGGCCUUGGUCUUGGAGAAGAAGUAUGAUAGACCUCGGGUUGCCUUCGCCUUUUCUGGUCAAGGUGGCCAGUGGUUCGGUAUGGGUUUGGCCCUGGCGCAACAGGAAGCUGUUUUCCGUGAGUCGCUUACGGCGUUUGAUGAAAUCUUUCGGACACAUUCAGGAAUCUCCAUCGUCCAUGAAAUAUCAAAACACCAAGAUGAAUCCCGCUUGAACAGCACUACAAUCGUUCAGCCUGCUAUCGUGGCCAUUCAGAUUGCACUAGCAAGAACAUUGAUCUCAUAUGGUCUCGAGCCCGAGGCAAUUGUAGGCCACUCAAUUGGAGAGGUUGCAGCCGCGCAUCUCGCGGGUGCGCUGUCCCUCGAGCAAGCUGUUACCGUUAUUUAUUAUCGAUCGAAGAUACAGAACCGGGCUGCUGACCUCGGUUCUAUGCUGGCUGUCGGACUAUCCUCAACAGAAGCAGAAAAGAUCAUCUCCCGGAAGCAGGUUGCUAAGAGAGUUGCGGUUGCUGCUAUGAAUGGCCCUAAAAUGACAACUAUAGCUGGAGACUCAGCAGAUCUGCGACUCAUUGCAAAGGAGCUUGAAUUGCAGGGGACUUUUGCUCGGUUUGUCAAUGUGGAAGUCCCAUAUCACAGCCAUUUCAUGGACCCUCUAGAAACCGACCUUACAGACGCGCUAGGAUCAAUUCAAGGCAUACCCACCAAUAUCAGUCUCUACUCCACUGUCACAGCCUCUAUCGAGCCUGGGACUCAUCUAACUGGAAAGUACUGGUUCGAUAAUGUGCGAAAGCCAGUCCGAUAUGUUGAGACCGCCAAGAGAUUGAUUGACGACGGCUACAAUUUUGUCGUCGAGAUCGGCCCACACCCUGUCCUUGUUUCGGGGACUCGAGAAAUUGCCGAGGCUGCUGGACGCAAGGUUCACAUCCUUCCAGCCAUGAUGCGGGGCAAAGACCAUGAGCCCUUUGCCAUUGUUCUAGGAGCUGGGUAUGCUGUUGGUGCUGAUGUUCAGAUUGAUGUUUUUAAUGGUGGAGGUGGUCAUUUUAUCGACCUCCCUAUGUACCCCUUCCAACGGAAGCACUUCUCAUUCGAACAUCCAGAGGCUCAACAACGCCGACUUGGGAUAUCCAGGCAUCCAUUCGAUGGGGGUUUGACUAGCUUAAGCGACGACGGCCGCGGAAGUGUCCGCCUCAGGGCUAGCAUCGGCGUCUCUCCUUUCCUAGCUGAACAUGUCGCUGAUGGCACUAUGAUAUUCCCCGCUUCUGCGCAUAUCGAGGCUGCUUAUAUGGCUGCGAAAGAUUUUAUGCCACUCGCAGACGUCUGGUUGGAGGACCUCAAAUUUGAACACCCUUUGGUGCUAGCCCCGCCCGAGGAAUUCGCUCCUCAAGUCCUCCUUGAGAUAACAUCUAUUGCAAAAACUUACACCAUCAGUUCCCGACCAGCGGAUUCUCCCCCCUCGACACCAUGGCAGACUUGUUCUACAGGUCGAAUCAAUGCCUUUGAUUCGAUUUCAAACACCAGUGCCGAAGCACUAGAAGAUGUCAGGUGCCGAGUUCAAGCGGGUAAAGCAUUUGAUAAAGAAGAAUUCUACUCAACACUCGAACGAUCCGGCCUUCGAUAUGGUGAGGCAUUCCGAGGUAUACAAGAGUUAUGGCAACUCGGAACAGAAAUCUUUGCCCACGUCAAGCUUCCCGAACCCCUUACUCAUGACACAGCUCGAUUUCGAUUUCAUCCUGCGUCCCUAGACGCUUGCCUACAAACAGUAUUCGCCGAUGUGCAACAUCGUGGCGACGCUCGCUAUGUGUAUUUACCCCACAAGAUUGAAAGAGUGCAAGUCUCUGAUGCAUAUGGCGCAACAGAGGUUUUUGUAUAUACCAAAAUUCAGCACCAUGACAGGAAUUCACUGCGCUGCGAUACACAUGUGUACAACGCAUCCGGCCGUGUAAUUGCAACAAUUAUUGGAAUGACUGUCAAACGCCUGCUAGGAGCACACAUCCCUGAACCAGUUGAGUAUGAAACUACUUUCCAGGAGGAAUCGCGAUCCACUGGCAACAGAACAGAGGCAGACUUUGCCAGUGUCUUGGUCCUCGGGAACAGAAGCUUGGAAGUCACUCAGCUUGCCCGAGAGGCAUUCCCCCGGGCGUCAGUCUCCCAUAAACCUGUGACAUGGAUUGAGCGGUUCGCCGAUAGCACUGCAAAAGACUUCAGACUAGACCGCCGGACGCUCAUCGUGAUAUCAACGCUGACACCGUCGCCAGACCACGACCUGGUAGCACAGAUGGGGUCUGUUGUUCCGACUCUCUUACAUCUUUCCCGCUGGAUUCACCAUCAAGGCGGAACCCCUACAGUGGCAGUACUACUUGCGGGAGCGUGCAUGACACCGUCAGACUUACAAUGCAACCCAGCCACGGCUGCGUUAGAGGCCGCGGUGCGUUUGAUGGUGAACGAGCUUCCCCAAUCGGACAUCCGUGUCAUUGACCUUCCCUUGGGCCAGAACGACUGGGACUUCCAGUCCGUUAAGGAGGAGCUCCUGUCUAAUCGUCACGAUCGUCAUGACACUGUUGUCGCGAUACGCCCCGGAGGACGAUUUGUUAGACGGAUUAUCCCCCUUACUGCUGAGGAAGCCGAGAAGCGAGCCAUGAAGAAGCUCCCCGCGCAAGGCGGAAGGUAUACAUGUGAGCCAGAUCAAAGUGGCAUUAUUAUCAGGCAACAAACUUCGAAAAACCUAGGCGCAGAAGAAGUAGCUAUUGAAGUCCAUGCCGCUUCCUUGAACUUCAAAGACGUUAUGAAUGAGAGGAACUUGACAAGUGAUCUCUCCGUCUCCGGCGCACUUUCGGGUCAGAAGCUUGGCCUCGAAGUCGCAGGGAAAGUCGUUGAUAUAGGGGCGAAUGUCAACGAUAUCCAGCUCGGUACAAAGGUCAUGGCCCGAGUUGCGAAUGGGCUUGGUGGAUUCGUUACGACCGAUCGCUGUCAUGUUUCCCCAAUUCCUAAGCAACUCACAGCCUCUCAAGCUGCUUCUAUCCCAGUCGCUUACGUCACAGCAUACUAUGCUUUAGUCCAUCUCGGCAGAUUGACUGACAAAGACACUGUUCUUAUCCAUGCAGCAGCUGGAGGGGUUGGAGGGGCUGCCAUUCAGAUUGCUAAGCUCUGUGGGGCUCGCAUCCUUGCUACAGCUGGUAACCCUAAACGUCGUGCUUGGGUUCUCGGUCAGGGUGUGGCAGCAGCUUUUGACUCACGGUCUGUAUCGUUCUACGACGAUAUCAAGGCCUUUACUAACGACCGUGGUGUCGAUGUCGUGCUCAAUUGUCUUACAGGCUCAUUAUUCUCCCAGUCUUUCGCCUGCCUAGCACCUUUUGGACGCUUUUUAGAAAUCGGAACGACCGACAUCAACCGGAACACGAAAUUGGGCGUCGGUCAGUUCAGCGAGAAUCGUUCAUUCCUAGCUGUAGAUGUUGACCGAAUGGCCCUACAAAAGCCGGAACUCCACACCCGGGUGCUUAAAGAUGUUUACACCCUCUUCGAGAGCGGGAAAUUGGUACCUCCUCCCAUCACUGAAUACCCCAUAACACAACUAUCGAGGGCCCUCAAAUCACUAUCUCGUUCUGCAGUAAUUGGAAAAGUGGUUAUGACUAUGCCAGAGAAUACCACCAUUGAGGCAUCUGUGCCGACUCGACUGAAUUUGCGGGCUGACCGAAGCUACCUCAUCACUGGAGGGGCUAGCGGACUUGGCCUGCAAAUAGCAAGAUUUCUGGCUGAGCGAGGAGCAAAGCAUCUUAUUCUUGUGAGCCGUUCUGGGCCCAAAACUGCCGAAGAUAAAGCAAUUCUUCUCGAAAUGGAGGCAAGCGGUGUCGUGAUUAUAAUUGAGCACGCGGAUAUCAGUAACCGGGAAAUGGUCGCAUCGUUAUUCUGCAAACGAGACUGGCCGACAAUUGCGGGUAUUGUUCACUGUGCAAAUGUUCUGCGUGAGCUCUACUCAUACGAUACAUCUAUGGAAGAUUUCUGGACAGUGUUUAACCCAAAAGCGCUUGGUGCAUGGAACUUGCACCUGGAGACAAAGGAUAUGCAUCUUGACUUUUUCGUCAUGACCUCAUCCAUCUCCAGCAUGUUAGGGCUGAUUGGUCAGUUCAGCUAUGCGGCUUCGAACCAGUUUCUAGACUCAUUGGCGCACUAUCGCCAGGCAAAUGGCCUACCGGGGCUUUCACUUAACUAUGGGGUUCUAGGAGAUUUCGCCAGCAUGACCCGCAAGUCGGUGGAGACAGAUAAGCUUAUGGGCAUUUUGCGAUCGUAUGGCUUAUAUGCCAUGAGUCUACCGAUGGUCCUUUCCGCAUUUGAACGUUCCAUCCUACAAGGCGCAACGCAACGAAUGCCUUUGAACAUCAAUUGGUCCGUAUUUCUCAGAGCACACCCACAUCUGCUCCGUGACGGGGCUUUCUUUGGGUUGGAUGCAGAAGAGAGUAGGAAUGGUGAUCCUGCAUCUUGCGGAUCAUUUUCUUCGCCUCAAGGGCCGGCACCUUCCGAGGCAAUCGCUGAGACACUGCGCUCUAGGCUGGCCAAGAUCCUUGGGGUCGAGGUAGACCAGAUCGCCCUUACUGAGAAGAUCGACCAGUAUGCAUUCGACUCUAUCACCAUGACUCAGAUCCGAGGUGUAAUACUUCAAGAGUUUCGAAUUUCGUUUGCACUCAUGAGGUUAUUUCAGGGUCCUAGCCUGCAGGAGAUCGCCAACGAAGUUUCGGUACAGAUGGGCAAUGAGACUAAUAACCUAACAAACAGCGAGAACGGAAGAGGGUCAGAUGAUAACCACGGCAUGUAUGAUGGCCUCAGCGUGGUAUCGAAGUGGUUGGUCCGUGGUGUUCCUCUAGUGAAGACCCGAGGCCGGCUUUUCCUAUUCCAUCCUAUGGGGACAGGAGCUUCAUUCUUUGCCCCAUUCCUGCUCGACCCACCAGAAGGCUUUGACACUGUCGCGGUCCAGCUACCAGGGCGCGAGGGGAGGAAUGAUGAGCCUGUGCCUUCUCAGAUGGCCGAGAUCGUUACAGGUAUAGUAAGCGAAAUUGGCGAGAUUGGAGCCCAGGACGUUUUCUGGGGGCACUCAUUCGGUGGCGUUGUCGCUUUCGAAACUCUCAGAGCGCUCAAAAGGCGACGCAGUAUCUUGCCUCGCCUGGUAGUUACUGGAACCAUCGCGCCUCAUCUUGUCCGUCUAUGGCAGAAGCGAGACGUUCUUCUCCGAGUUAUGGCCGACGACUACAACCCAGACUACAUGCUCGCUGUAUCGCGAUAUGUGGACGACGCCAACUUUUUCCGGGCCUUACUACCGAAAAUGAAGAAAGACAUGCCAUUUUUGAUGGGAUAUGAAUAUGUCGAAGAAGAUGAGACUCUUGGUGUGCCAAUCACGGCGUUUGCGGCACGGCAAGAUGAUGUCGUGUACCCAGAUGAAAUUCAGCCAUGGGCCUCACAUACGCAAGAUUUUAGGCUUUUUGAAGUUGACGGAGACCACUGGUUCUUGCAUCGUAAUCGCGACUUGCUUCGCCAGACAUUGGAAAGGAUGGCAACAUAA